GAGCGAACACGUCCGGACGCGGAAUACGGUACGGACAAAGAGGAGGAUAUAAAUCAGCAGUCGUGGUAAUCCUGGCGUUCCAAUCUCCCACCUUAACCUUUAUUCGCAGGUUGACGUCACCGAUAGAUCACAUCGACUCUCAACUUGCAGAGAACCAUCACCACCAUGGCACCUCUUCCCAUUUACAAGGAACCCACGACAGACCAGUAUGAUUUCGUCGUUAUCGGUGGUGGUAGUGGAGGCAGCGCGUCCUCGCGGCGAGCUGCGUCGUAUGGAAAGAAGGUUGCCGUUGUCGAGGUGACAUCCCAUCUAGGGGGGACCUGUGUUAACGUUGGAUGUGUUCCCAAAAAGAUUAUGUGGCAUGCUUCCGACAUUUUUGAAAAGACCAAGCACGCCCUUCCUGGUUAUCAUAUCACUACUCCCAACUCGCCCAGGUUCAGCUGGGAGACGUUCAAGCCCCAGCGAGAUGCAUAUAUCCACAAGCUUAACGGAAUUUAUCACUCCAAUUUCACCAAAGAGGGCGUCGAGUACCAUCGCGGUCAUGCAACGUUGGUCUCAGACACAGAAAUACAUGUUGAGCCAUCUGAUGGUGGCAAGCCAUACACGCUAAACACAUCGCAUAUAUGCGUGGCGGCCGGUGGCCACCCUAUCGUUCCCAGCGAGGACACGAUCCCCGGCGCUAGUCUGGGUAUCACAUCUGACGGAUUCUUUGAAUUGGAGAAGCAACCUAAACGUGUUUUGGUUGUAGGUGGCGGAUACAUCGGUGUUGAACUCGCAGGGGUGUUGAAUGGACUUGGUAGCGAUGUAAAGGUCGUCAUUAGAGGGCAGAGGAUCCUCAGGGGCUUCGAAACCGACGUCGUCAACGUCGUGGAGAAGUGCAUGCAAAACAACGGUAUCACCAUUACCAGAGGCGCGAAGGUCAAAAAGGUCGAGGGUCAGCCAGGGGAAGGCACAGAGAAGACGGUCUAUCUGGACAACGGCGAAUCUCUCGUCGUUGACACCCUUCUCUGGGCUGUCGGACGUGCGCCCAACACUCCUGGACUCGGUUUGGAAAAAGUUGGCGUCAAUCUUGAUGAUAAGGGCAACAUUGUCGUCGAUGAGUACCAACAGACAAAUGUUCCCAGCAUCUCGUCGAUUGGAGACAUUCAAGGCAAAGCACUGUUGACCCCUGUCGCUAUUGCCGCUGGGCGCAGACUCUCCAAUCGACUUUUCGGUGGAGAAAAGUUCAAAAACGACAAACUUUCAUACGAGGAUAUCCCCACUGUAGUCUUCUCGCAUCCUCCUAUUGGGACAGUAGGCUUAACCGAAGACCGAGCCAGGGAGAGGUAUGGAGAUGACGUGAAAAUAUAUAAAUCCAACUUCCGCGGCUUAUUCUUCUCCAUGCUUGAUGAGGAACACAAGGAGCCAUCGUUCUAUAAGCUUGUUUGUGUCGGUCCAGAAGAACGCGUCGUUGGUGUCCAUAUCGUCGGCAUGGGUAGCGAUGAGGUGCUUCAAGGAUUCGCCGUCGCGGUCAAGCUGGGUGCAACAAAGCAGGACCUAGACGACACCGUCGCCAUCCACCCGACUAGCGCUGAAGAAUUGGUUACAUUGCGUUGAAGUGGCAUUAUUGAAUACUAAAAACAAGUGUACAACUUAGAUUGAUCUGUAUCAUAAUCUGACUUGAGAUUUGUGACUAUAGAUGCGGUCGAUGAUGGUCGUAAGAAGCAACCGGGUAAGUCGUAACGUUGCAAGUACUACCACUCGGCGCAGUUUCUUUCCUGUUCACGGCCCUUUUAUUCACACAAGUUCCAUCGAUUUUCCCAGCCAGCCUAUCUCAGCGAUGGGUCUUCAUAAUUUUCCAUGCUCCAUGUGUUCUAUGUGGGGUGGAUGAAAGAAGGACCAGCCAUGGUCAUGAUACAUGAUGAUUUCUCUUUCUGCGAAGACUACAAUUGGAGUAACAAAG